AUGGCGCCACUGCCGGCACCACCAACCGCGGCAUCGGCCUCCGCCUCCGCAUUCCUCUUCCUCUCUCCGCCGCGGAGCCGGAGCCGCUACCAGCACCCCAAGACCAAGCCGAAGCCCGCCGCUACCAUCCUCUGCUCCUCCACUGCCACCGCGGCCGGCUCAGCAUCGCCCUCCCUCUCCGAGCAGUUGGAGCCGCUCUCCCGCACGCUCCUCCACGACAAGCCCACUCCGAUCGCGGACCGCCCCACCCCGGAGCCAACCUGGGUGAACCCCACCAGGCCCAAGCCUAGCGUGCUCUCGCUCAGCCGCCACCGCCGCCGCUCCCCUUCCGCGAACACUUCCUCCGUGCCGCUGCAGCCGCUCCUGCGCGCCCUCCGCGCCCUGCCCGAGGACGCCGACCUCGCGGGCACCCUCGACGCCUUCUUCCUGCAGCAGGGGCAGGGACAGGGGCAGGGCGCGGCGCCGUCCCCCUCCGACGCGCUCCUCCUCCUCAACUACCUCCACCCGUCGUGGCGUAAGACGCUCUCCCUCCUCGCUUGGCUGCGCGCGCUCCCCGCCGGCGCCUUCCAGCUCGACACCAUCUUCUUCAACGUCGCCCUCAAGUCGCUCCGCGCCGCGCGCCAGUGGCCGCACGCCGAGCGCCUCGCGCUCGACAUGCUCGACGCGGGCGUGCCCCUCGACAACAUCACCUACUCCACGCUCAUCACCGCCGCCCGCCGCUGCCGCCAGUUCUCCAAGGCCGUCGAGUGGUUCGAGCGCAUGUACGCCGCCGACGGCGUCCUCCCCGACGAGGUCACGUACUCCGCCGUGCUCGACGUCUACGCGCAGCUCGGAAUGAAGGAGGAGGUGCUCGCGCUCUUCGACCGCGCCAGGGGCAGCGGCUGGAAGCCCGACCACGUCGCCUUCGCAGUCCUCGCCAAGAUGUUCGGGGAGGCCGGCGACUACGAGGGCAUCCAGUUCGUCUUCAAGGAGAUGAGGGAGGUCGGCAUCAAGCCCAACAUCUUCGUCUACAACGCGCUGCUCGAGGCGCUGGGCAAGACCGGCAAGCCGGGCCUCGCGCGCAACCUGUUCGAGGAAAUGGUCAUCCAGGGCGUCGACCCCAAUGCGCGCACGCUCACCGCGCUCGCCAAGAUCUACGGCAGGGCGCGCUGGGGCCGCGACGCGCUCCAGCUCUGGAACAAGAUGAGGGAGCUGAAGCUGCCUGCCGAUAACAUCCUCUGCAACACGCUGCUGAGCAUGUGCGCCGACGUGGGGCUCGUGGCCGAGGCCGAGCAGCUCUUCAACGAGAUGAAGGAUCCGGAAUGCCGCGACGUACCAAAGCCGGACAAGUGGAGCUACACGGCCAUGAUCAACAUAUACGGGAGCAACGGGGACACAGACCGCGCGCUCCAGCUGUUUGGGGAAAUGCUGAAGGGCGGGAUAGAGCCCAACAUAAUGAGCUACACCAUUGUCAUCCAAUGCCUCGGGAAGGCACAGAGGAUACAGCAAGCCGUGGAGGUGCUUGAGGUCGGGCUGGAGAAGGGUCUCAAUCCCGAUGAUCGGCUCUGUGGGUGCUUGCUCUCUGUCAUCGCUCUUAGCAGCGGGGAGGAGAUGGAAAUGGUGCUUUCUUCGCUGGAAAAGGUCAAUCAGAACCUGGUCAAGCUGAUCAGAGUGCUCGGUGAUGCCCAGGUUGGUGCUGACGAUAUCACAAAGGAGCUGAAGAGCGUAUUGAAUGCUGCGGCCCCUGAAGUAUGCCGCCCUUACUGCAACUGUUUGAUCGAUGUAUGCCACAACCAUGGCUUCCCUCCUCAGAGAGCAAGAGAAGUCUUCCAUCUUGCUCAGACCUACGGUUUAUAUUCCAAGGUUCAAAGCAGAAAGGAUGAAGAGUGGUCACUGGACCUGCGAUCGCUCUCGGUUGGUGCGGCCAAGACAGCAUUCGAUGAUUGGAUGCAGACUGUCUCGGAGCACUGGGUGCAGCACAAGGCUUUGCCAGAGUCCUUCAGCGUUUACACUGGAUCCAGCACCCACAAGUUUGCGCAGGGGCUGGCAAGUGCUUUCGCCGUUCAUCUGGAGCAAAUGGCGGUGCCAUUCUGUCCGAGUGAAUCUCAAGCCGGCAGCUUCAUCAGUUCAAGGGAUGAUCUGGUCUCAUGGUUUCAGACGAGCAGUUCGCCAGCAGUCGUUGCUGGAUGA